CCGAAUCAUAAUCCACCCACUUGUUACCCCACUAAUUGGAUACAAAUCAGAGCAAAGCCCACGGAUCCACUGCCUAAUGUUAGAGUGUUAACCGGACCGCUCCUUGAAACAGAGAGAGCAGCGGUCUUGGGGGCAACGUCAUCUAAAUCCGAUCAAAGCCACUCUCUUUCUUGACGACGGCAGCAGCCUCUGAAUCUCCGACUCCGUCAAAAAGUCCCAGAAAAUGUGCUAGCUUUCAGAUCCCUGUAACUUUUCUUGCAGUUCAGACUCCAGACUCCUACAAGAUGGUUAAUGCCACUAAAGGGUUGUUCAUAUCCUGUGACAUACCUAUGGCACAAUUCAUCAUCAAUUUGAAUGCUUCACUACCGGCAUCACAGAAGUUCAUCAUUCAUAUUUUGGACAGCACUCACAUGUUUGUCCAACCGCAUGUGUCUGAUAUGAUACGAAGUGCAAUUUCAGACUUCAGAGAGCAGAAUUCCUACGAGAAGCCCUCUUAAUUUGCCCAUCUGUUCCCUCGUUUAUGGUAUUUUUAUUAUAAACACUCGAUUAGACCAUCAUACCCAUACUUCAGCUCAUCAAUAUUUCUGUUUGCGUUUCUGUCAUUCAAUGCAAAUCAAAGCUUUCUUGUUAAUGGAAAGGAACAAAAUAUCCUCGGGCAAUAUCAGAUUUAAGUUGGAGUUUACUUGGAAGGGUAUGCAGUUGAAACCUGUUUUCCUGUAUAGCUCCUGAACUAGCUGGCUGAGCUUGGAAAAUGUAGAUGGACAUGAUACUAUAUAUCUAUUUUACUGCACCGAUUAUUUCUUUUUUUUA